CGAGCGAAGAGUGACGCCCCUAGCGGCGGCUUUUCCAGUUGAAAUUUCUUUCUCGAGGGAACCUCGUUUUUCGGCAAGUCGUAUUUCGGUCAUAUCUCCUUUCAAGAAAAUACGCAAUUAUGGGCGUGGAUGUGGAAGUUCUCUCGCCUGGAGAUGGCCAAACUUAUCCGAAGACUGGACAAACGGUUGUUGUCCACUAUACAGGUUCCCUCGACAAUGGGAAGAAAUUUGACUCCAGUAGGGAUCGUGGAGUGCCUUUUAAAUUCAAAAUUGGUAAAGGCGAGGUGAUCAAGGGCUGGGACCAAGGUGUUGCCCAGAUGUGCGUCGGCGAACGUGCUAGACUAACUUGUUCCCCAGAUUUCGCUUACGGGAGCCGAGGCCACCCUGGCGUUAUUCCACCAAAUGCAGUUCUCAUUUUCGACGUGGAGCUCCUGAAGGUAGAGCCUUGAAACGCUGUCAAGCAUGCACCAAAUCAACCAAACGACUUCGUCUCAACACCCAACAGUUAAUGAUGCCUUCAAUUUUCUUACCUAACUACACAACCUUAAUUUAGGUAGUCGUUGUACACAUGGCACAUUUAUAGCAAUUCUUAAUUCAAUCGCUCCAUCAUGAUGUGUGGAGCGUAACUUCGCUAGAAUUAAAGGUGAAGGAGCAGCAAGCGAAUCGUAUUUCGCUUUUUGAUAAAACAGUUUUGAUAUGCAGUUCAGAAUUGAGCCCUGCUGUGGGAAGAGUACAGCAGGUUAGAAAAAAUCCUCCGAGGUACUUUAUAUUUAUGUACGACCCUAACUAUGGGGCAUGCAUUUAACUAGUUGUUGAUACGAAACGUGCAUUUAGUGAGCGGUUGAAUUACAGCAACACUUCUAAACGUUCGAACAUCCAUGUUCAUUUCAAUUACUUGAUGUCUGAUAAUUCGUCACUUAUUCUGUACAAAAUUCUUGAAGGUACACAAUUGUCCAUGUAACAGGAUCAAACUUAAUAAAUAAUUUGCUCUGUCACGAA